AUGCGCCUCUCUAUCCCGGCGGCCCUGACGGCGCUGCUGACGGCGACCUCGGCCCUGAAGAUUCCCCGCCAGGAUCCAAGCCCUGAUCCUGGCCCUUCGAGGACGACCACCAUCGUCCACCGUGUACGUGACGUCGACCCAGGUCGCCAAGCGACACAUCGACGUUCCCGCCCCGCCGAGGCCACGCCCGUUCUCGAGGUGCCCGUCAAGACGGUGGAGAGGGUCCAGACACCGCCGCACAUCACGGCCGCCGUACCGGAGUACGACCGACGUCUCGGCGCGUACGAACUCAUGCGGAGGGCGGGUAUGCAGGAUCAGUUGAAGAGGGCGCUCGCGAAGCGGGAGACCAUCUUCGUGACCGUGACGGUUGCCGUGGACGGCAUCACGACCGUCUUCAACUCCAUCACCAGCACCGUCGUCUCCACAACCACGAGCGAGUUGCACUCGACCUCCAUCAUCACCUCCACCGCGUACGAGAACGCCAAGGAGACCGUCACCGUCACCUCCACCAUCAUCAUCAAGGCCACCACCGUCACCACGGGUCCCGCCGAAACCGUCGGCAGCGUCCCCGACGGCUCCAACAUUGGCGACGGCGAUAACUCGGGCGGCGAUAGCGGUUCCUCGGGCAACAACAACAACAACGAUUCCAAGGAGACGGGCGGUGGUCUUUCCACCGGCGCCAAGAUUGGUAUCGGUGUCGGUGCCGGUAUUGCCGGCCUGUUGCUCAUCGGCGCCAUUGGUACUUAUUUCUGGAAGCAGCACCAGAUGAAGCCGCGCGUGGUCGACGAUGGCCUCGGCGCCGGCAUGAGCGAGGUCCCCGUCGGCGGUGCGGGCGUGGGCGGUGCCGGUGUCGCCGCUGCUGCCGCUGCGAACAGGCACAGCCGCACUCCCGAUCACCACAACCACAAGGUUUCGCCUCUUAGCCCCGGUUUCGUGCCUCCCGCGUCCGUCACGCCCGAGCCCAGGGCCGGCGUGGCUGAGCUCGGAAACCAGCCCGUGCACCACGGCGCCGAGCUCAGUGGCGAAGAUGCGCUGCCGCGCUUCCCGACUGCCGCGGAGGCUGAUAGCAGACCUGUCAUGGGCCACGGCUCCGGACCGGUCCCUGACGUCUACGAGAUGCCCGCGGAGCCCUACAGGUGA